UUUAAACCCCUCAUUCUGUGCCAUUAAAAUUCAAAACCCUCGUGUAAUUUCGUGCGCCGCCAUGACAGUGCUCAGCCGUCUGAGAACGGUGGUGCAGCCACUUGUAUUUCGACUUAGUCUCAACAAGAGCCAGCGAGCCUACGGGUCGGCGGCUGCAGCUCAGCUGGACUACGAUUACUAUAAUGAUGAAGAUGAGGAACCGCAGGGAAAGGAGAACCGGAGAGCAAUGCCGGAGGCAACGCCGCUGGAGGAGGGGUGGGACACAGUGGGGAGGGGAGCGCAGUGGGUGAUCAUGGGAGAUCCAAUGGCGAGGCAACACAUGUACGCCGAGAGGCUCUCGAAGAUUUUAGACGUCCCUCACAUUUCCAUGGGCAAUCUCGUUCGUCAAGAAUUCCACCCUCACUCUUCCCUCUACAAACAGAUUGCUGGAGCAGUGAACCAAGGGAAGUUAGUCUCAGAGGAUGUAAUUUUUGGUCUGUUGUCUAAGAAAUUGGAAGAAUGUUACUGCAGAGGUGAAACUGGCUUCGUUUUGGAUGGAAUUCCACGAACACAGAUUCAAGCUGAGAUCCUGGAUCAGAUUUCUAAUAUAGACUUAGUGCUGAAUCUCAAGUGCACAGAUGAUUGCUUGGUGAAGAAAUCACCAGGGAAUGGAAUCUACACUCCUCCAGAACACCACUGCAUGGCUUGCUCAGGAUUUGAUCCAAGCUUUCAGCCGCAGAAUGAUCCUCUGAGAUCUUCCAAUGCUGACACGGAUACUGCCUGGAAGGAGAAAUUCCGUGUGAAUGCAGAGCAGAGGAAACCCUUAGAAGAAUAUUACAAGAAACAAUGUAAGCUUGUCGACUUCCAAGUGAGCGAUGCACCUGGCGACACCUGGCGAGGCCUAUUAGGCGCGCUUCACCUUCAGGACACGAAGGAUUUAGGUUCUGCUGUCUAGUCAACGCAUAAAUUGACUGCAUGAUUUUGGCCAAUUUAUUUUUCAGAUUGUUUGAAUUCUCAUUUCGGUGUGGUAGUAUUGCAAGGAAUACGAGUGCAUUAGAGUUUGUUGGAGUUUUGUAGUAAAAUAUAUCUAAUUUUGUUUCGAGAGAUUCAAAAAUUAUAUUUAUUGGUUAUUAUGUGUAACAAGAGCGUACCGAGCAUUAUAAAUAGAAAGAUUUUUCUGUCUA